CUGCAGUGCGUGUGCCAGCUGUGUGAACACACCAACUUCACCUGCCAGACGGAGGGCGCCUGCUGGGCCUCGGUCAUGCUGACCAACGGGCGCGAGGAGGUGGUCAAGUCCUGCGUGUCCCUCCCGGAGCUCAACGCCCAGGUCUUCUGCCACAGCUCCAAGAACAUCACCAAGACCGAGUGCUGCUACACCGACUUCUGCAACAACAUCACCCUCCGCCUGCCCCUUGCGUCGGAUUCCCCGGGCAGGGCCGGCCCCAGGCCCGUGGUGCUGGCGGUGACGGUGGCAGUGCCGGUGUGUGUGCUGGUGCUGGUGGCAGUGCUGGCCGUGUGCACCUCCCGGGGCCGCCAACGCCGCGCCCGCCGCGGCCACAAACCACCCAACGUGGAGGAGCCCCUGUCCGAGGGCAACCUGGUGAGCUCCGGGAAGACGCUGAGGGAUCUCAUCUAUGACAUGACCACCUCCGGCUCUGGCUCUGGUUUGCCCCUGCUUGUCCAGAGAACCAUCGCCAGGACGAUUGUCCUGCAGGAGAUCGUAGGAAAAGGCCGGUUUGGCGAAGUCUGGCGUGGGAAGUGGUGCGGGGAGGAUGUGGCUGUGAAAAUCUUCUCCUCCAGAGACGAGCGGUCCUGGUUUCGGGAGGCAGAGAUUUACCAGACGGUCAUGCUGAGGCAUGAGAACAUCCUGGGCUUCAUCGCUGCCGACAACAAGGAUAACGGGACGUGGACUCAGCUCUGGCUUGUCUCCGAGUACCACGAGCAGGGCUCCCUGUUCGACUACCUGAACAGAGGCACGGUGACGGUGGAGGGCAUGGUCAGGCUGGCACUGUCCGUGGCCAGUGGCCUGGCCCACCUCCACAUGGAGAUCGUUGGCACGCAAGGGAAGCCAGCGAUCGCUCACCGAGAUCUGAAGUCCAAGAACAUCCUGGUGAAGAGGAACGAGACCUGUGCCAUCGCCGACCUGGGCCUGGCGGUGAAGCACGACUCGGUGCUCAACACCAUCGACAUCCCCCAGAACCCCCGCGUGGGCACCAGGAGGUACAUGGCUCCCGAGAUCCUGGACGACACAAUGAACACGAAUAUCUUUGAGUCCUUCAAACGAGCAGACAUUUACUCCCUGGGCCUGGUGUACUGGGAGAUAGCCCGGAGGUGCUGCGUUGGAGGAAUCACUGAGGAAUACCAGUUGCCUUACUACGAUGUUGUGCCUUCUGAUCCUUCAAUAGAAGACAUGAGAAGGGUUGUCUGUGAGCAGAAACUCAGACCGAAUAUUCCAAACCAGUGGCAAAGCUGUGAGGCGCUGCGGGUGAUGGGCCGGGUGAUGCGGGAGUGCUGGCACGGCAGCGGCGCUGCCCGUCUCACCGCCCUGCGCGUCAAGAAGACCGUCUCGCAGCUCUGCCUGCAGGAGGACUCCAAAGCCUGACCGACCUCCCCGCGCCAGGAGACGGGAAGGAAUUCUACCGUUCACCUUUCCACGUGUGAUAGUAUUUUUAUUUCUGGUCUACCUCAGAUAAGGUGGUUCAGUAUUGCAGUGCCCGGAGCAGAGCACUGACCUCGAGCGUCGUGUCCGGCCGUGGGAAGAGGCAGCUUGGGACUCGAGUUCGGGUUUGGUACAGCAAGUCCAUGACUCGCUUUGCUUUUGUGAGUAAAUUGGACACCAGGCGAGUCACAGGAAGGAGGUUAAAGCAUCACAAACAGUGUAAAAAUACCUUUUGCUGUUGCACUUUUCAUCCUCGUCAGACCCCAAAUGCCCUGGAAAUGUCUGGUGUUGGUUAAAGCUGCUUGCAAAAAAACCCUCAUGUCUGUCCUCAAACCAAGUAAAAGACCAAAUUUAACCCAGCUUUUUACCUAUUUUUAUGCAAGAAUCUGAAAAGGGGCUAUCAGUAAAAGCAAUUAAAAAAGAUGGAAAUUCCACUAAGCAUGUACCUUGUGAACAAAACCAUUGAGUCAGUUCUCUAUUAAUAUUUAUAUUUAAUGUCUUGGUUUCACAUACAAUAUUAUGGUUAGGGUUUGAGUUGUUUUAUUCUGUUCAUUUGUUUGUUGAACAGAUCGACCAAGGGAUAACUUUUCUUUCUAACAGUUUUUAGAAGAAAUAAUAGAGGCAAUACUUUUCCAUUAGUUACGAAGGGAUAAAGUGGGAGAAAUUCUACCUAAACUGAGAAAAUAUUUAUUAUUAACAAUAUCUUGCUAAUCACUGGUAACAUUUUUUUAGUGCCUUUUGAUGUGUUGGGGGCAGCUUUAACAAAAGCCAACACAGCCUUUUCAGAGGUUUCUUAUGGAAUUCUGUAACAGCACCAGGCUGGUGACGAGUAUUAUAAUCUCUGAUCAUGUUUCCAUAAUACCACAGCCAUCAAAGCGAGGUGUUGUAUCAGAAUUCACUGAUGUUCUGGCAUUUUGUGAACUGAUGCUUCUGCCCCACUCCAUGGCCCAUGUAUUUUAAUAUAAUGUUCUAAUAUAUUUAAUAGCCAAAAUUAUACAUUUCAUAAUCAUAUGGUUCUUUAAAUCUUUAAAUCCAGCUGGUCCAUGGAAAUUAAGCCCAAAGAUGUUUCCAGAAUAGCAGAGCUCUGAAAAAAUCUUGUGUAGCCCACGCAGCUCCAUUGCAGUCAGUUGUUGGCUGAUCACAGGUUGUCAGAUCAAUCUUUGGGGUAAAAUCUCUUUAAUUGGAACUGUUGCAGGGAAAAAUGGGUUAAACUUUUACUGAGUGGGGUGGUCUGUAGUAUCAGCACUCUGGAUUUCUUCCUGACACACAUCUCCGGGAGCUGUGGAUCCUUUAUGGCUGUUAAUUGCCCCUAAAAUAGGCUCUGAUGCAAUUUACCUGUUUGCACAGGUGCUUGUGUUAAACAAUGCGGGUCUUUCUGUGGUCUGGAGCUGAGCAGUGGAGAAUAUUUCCCUUAAAUUGCUGGUAGAUUUUUCUCCAGUGUGGUUUCUGAGAUAUAAUCGAAGGUGUCUCAGAGAUUUGGGCCAGAUUGGAUGGGGCUUGGAGCAACCUGGUCCAGUGGAAGGUGUCCCUGCCCAUGGCAGGGAAGGGAACAAGAUGGGCUUUAAGGUCCCUUCCAAACCAAGCCAUCCUGUGAUUUAAUUCUUAUGUGCUUCAACUGCAUGAACUAUCCCGUAGAGCUCAGUAGAUGUGACUUUCUGGCUGUUUGAGGAGUAAUUUUAGCAUGAUCCAAAGCAUGAUGCUGACUUGUGUAUCAAAACAUUUGCAAACCUAAGAUCCAGCAUUUGUUCUUGUAGUACAUAAGUUGAAAAAAAUUCCUUAUCUUAGAAAGGAACAAUCGAAGAUACUUUUUUUUUUAAGUGGGAAAAGGGUUUCAGUUUUCAGUUGCCGUUCUGGAGUCUCUGAAGGUUGUUGUUCAGCCCUAUAAUUUGAACAAGACCCUUUUGGGCCUGGCUGGGAGGUGUGGGAGGAGGAUUCUCAGGCUCAACUCCCUUGCACAUGUCACAGCUCCAGCCCCAGGCAUACUUUAACCCUUUCCCUGCACAUAUCUCGUGGUAUCAGACAUUAUAGUCUGUUUGUCCUGGCGUUUCACCUAACUCAGUAUUUUUGCACUGGUUUUCUUUUUUCUUUGGUUGUUGAGAGGCGAAUGUGUAUUUUGGUGAACCAGAGUUAAAACAUAACCGAACCAAGGGCUGAUGAUGUUGUAUUGAGCUCUGAAAUGUUUGCAAACUCCACAGUCCUUUAAAAAAACCCAAAGAACCAUUGUUUUAGUGGCCUUUCCCCUCCAUGUGGAUCUGUCCAGUUCUAAUUUAAGCACAGAGGUUAUGCCAAGACACUUCUGUGCGUUUUAGGGAGGCUUAGGUUUCCUCAGAGGUUACAAUGUUCCUGCUAAUCUUCACUUAAAGCACAAGUUCUUAAACUCAUAAAAAUUUUCAAGGUCAAGGAUGCUCAAACUCCAUCACCACAUUCAGCCUCUCCUAAUUGAUGCUUCUAGUUGGAAGGAGUUACUAAUAUUUUAUAGUUUACUUCUAAUAACAACCUAAAACUUAAUGCAGGGAUUAUGGACUGAAAGGGAAAGUUAAUUAAUGUUUCCUCGAGCACCGAAUUGUUUUGUGUUUCCUGAGCUGCUGCCCCCAGACACCGCUCGAGAAAUUCAGGCUGUAAUCUCCUCUGCACUUUGGUACUUUUAUUAUUUGCACUUAACCAAGGUCGUUCCCUCGUGUAACCCUAUAAUGAACCCUACAGUAUUUUAGUCGUUGCUAUGUCACUUCUUUUCUUGGUAAUAAAUUCAGGAGUUAUAGAUGAAUUUAUUUAGAAAUAUGUCCAGUCCCUACAACAGGUCUGAACUUUGAGCAGGCCACGUUCUUCUCUCAGUCCCUGUCUGCCCAGAGCCCCUGUGCCACUGGUGGGCUGGGGGCUGUCCCCAGCAGGGAUGUCCUGGGGGCUGUGCCCAGCAGGGAUGUCCUGGGGGCUGUGC